AUGGCCGGUAAACUGGCGCCGCUCGCGCUCCUCGCCCUCGCCCUCGCCGUGCCCUACUUCAUCGGCUACCUCUCCUUCGCCAACGGGCUGAUGCCGCUCGUCGACGAGAUCUGGGCGGCCGGCGCCUUCCCCGACGGCACGCCGCUGCGCACGCGCUGGCUCGGCCUGCCCAAGCUCGACGAGCUGCUCUCCAAGCUCGUCGUCUUCUUCUGGCCCGUCGCCGCCUUCCAGCACCCGGGCCUCUUCCUGCACUCGCUCGCCUUUUCCGGCACCUUUGCCGCCGGCUGGACCCUCGUCACCCUCGAGACCUGGCGCGACGGCAACGCCUGGACUCUAUCCGGCUUCUCCGUUCACCUUGGUCUCGCCGCGCAGGUCCUCACGUUUGCCUUUGCCACGCCCGUGUACGGCUUCCUGCAUCUCGUCACGGGCCGGACUGCGUCGGCGCCGACACGCGCGCACAUGCACAUUCAGUACGCGGUGCUCGCCUCGCUGCCGCUCGUUUUCUUCGUCGGCAACGCCGUGCCGAGCGUCGCCAUGGUCCUUCCCUUUUCCAGCCGCAACACCGUUGCCGUGAAGCAGCUGCUGACGGCCGUGUGGCAGCCGUGGCCGGCGUACACGGCCUUUGGGCUGACGGCCGCUAACCUGCUCUUCGGCGGACUCAUCACGGCGGGCGACAAGGCGACGCCGCAGGGCCGCAAAAAGGCCGCCGGCGCGCUGCGGCUCAUCUACGCCAUCGCGUUUGGCAACGCCGCCGUGUCGCACCUCGCCGCCGCCACCGUGACCAUUGGCACCACCCUCGCGCCGGGCAUCUUCCAUCCAGACUACGCUGUCGCGCUGCACCCGCGCAAGGUGCUGGCGGCGGUGCUGCCGUGGGCCGCCAAUCCGGUCGCCCAGAUUGAGACGCUCGGCGACGGCGUCAACGUCUUUUUGCGCUGGGAUUACUUGCUCGGCACCACGUCGCUGCUGCUCUGGGCGAGCGUGCUGUAUGCCCGCGCGCACAGGCACUACGAGGGCAAAUCUGUCGACGCGCUGUCGUUCCUGGUCAAGAUUGCCACGCUCUACGCCGUGAUUGGGCCUGCCGCCACGGCCGUCGAGCUCAUGUGGGAGCGCGAGGAGUAUGUGCUGCAGAGCGAGGACAAGGCGCUCACGACCAAGAAGAGGAACUAA